UGUCAGGUGACGUUGCAGUUGAGGCGGAGCUCCUAAUCCAAACAUCGAGCCAUCAACUACAUCCUCAGCGAUAUUCUGUCUACGGAUUUGUUCUGACUGGCACAUUUUUGACUCAGUUUACGCCAUGGCUGCGCAGAAGAUAAACGAAGCUCACGAGCACAUGGCUAAAGCGGAGAAAUGCUUAAAGACAAGCUUCACUAAGUGGAAGCCCGAUUUCGACAGUGCAGCAUCAGAAUACGCCAAAGCAGCCGUGUGCUUCAAGAAUGCCAAGCAGUAUGAGCAGGCGAAGGAUGCCUACCUGAAAGAAGCGGAAUAUCACACAGAGAACAAGACGCUUUUUCAUGCUGCGAAGGCCCUGGAACAGGCAGGUAUGAUGAUGAAGGAACAAAAGAAGAUGCCCGAGGCCAUUCAGUACAUUGAAAAAGCCUGUAUGAUGUACAUGGAGAACGGGACUCCAGACACUGCUGCCAUGGCUUUGGACAGAGCUGGAAAACUGAUUGAGCCAAUAAACCUGGAGAAAGCUGUGGACCUGUAUCAGAAGGCUGCUGGUGUGUUUGAGAAUGAAGACCGGCUGCGUCAGGCUGUUGAACUUCUGGGCAAAGCCUCCAGACUUCUGGUCAGGUUAAGAAGGUUGGAUGAAGCAACGGUUGCUCUGCAGAAAGAGAAGAACAUGUACAAGGAGAUCGAGAACUUCCCCAUGUGCUUUAAGAAAACCACUGCCCAAGUGUUGGUUCACCUUCACAGAGGCGACUAUGUCGCAGCUGACAAAUGUGUGAGAGAAAGUUACAGUCUGCCUGGCUACAGUGGAAGCGAAGACUGCGUUGCCAUGGAGACGCUACUGCAGGGCUACGACGAGCAGGACGAGGACCAGGUCUACCGCGUGUGCAACUCGCCUCUGCUGAAAUACAUGGACAACGAUUACGCCAAGCUGGCCAUUUCCCUGCGAGUACCUGGAGGAGGAGGGAAGAAGAAGGCUGCAGCCGCUCCACAGGGGGGCGGUAGUGGGGCACCGGCUGCCGCUGACGAGGAGGACGAUUAUGAAGGUGGCUUGUGUUAACCUCCAGCCUCCACAACGGAACGGUCGACUCUACCCCACGUGUUGCUUCCCACCGCUGCACCCUCUGUGUAAGUGUUCAAACAAAAACAAACAACUGUUGUGAUCUUAAUUGUGCAAAUUUAGAAACACCGAGCGUCAGAGGUGUCACACAAAGAGUCGAUGAUAAAAAUCUCUGUUUUGUUUAUUUCAGCUGGAAAAAAAAAAAUCAUUCUUCACUGUUUAAUAAUGUAUGAAAGGCUGUUGUUUGUAAAUGCUCUAUUGUUUCUUUGUCUCUGUGACGCUGUAAAUGUCGCUGUCAUAGUCCGUGUGUAGGUUCACAGAGGUGUAUUCAAAUCGGAAAUAAUUAUGAUAAUGAUAAUAAAUAUGCCCAUGUCUAUGUAUAGGUGUUGUUUUUUUUUUUGUAUUAAGUUAUUCUCAGUAUUGAUGGCUGAUGAAGAUUUGCUGGGACAAUAUGCAAUAUAUCACACAGUCCAUGCAUGUUUUGGAACAAGUGAAAUUUACGCUUACAAUGAUCGAUUCGCACGAUUUUUCUCGAACACAAGCUUAACUCAAGAAGAUUAAAACAACACAGUUCGUAGCCAAGCGUAGACCGGCUGUUUUGUUCGUCUACCUCGAAAGGUCUGUGUCGUGUCCAUCCAAGAAUAAACAACAAUGUCAUGGCUGUUGUAUCUUCAUCAUCUCCAUCGUACAAUCCUGAAAAUUGAAACUCUAAAUAAAGAUUAAGGGGACCAUGCA